UGGGGGCCGCGGGGUUCCCGGGCGCGGCCGGGAUGAACCUCAGGAGAGCUACCCGCAGCGGCAGGACCACGAGCUGCAGGCCCUGGAAGCUAUAUACGGAGCCGACUUCCAAGACCUGCGGCUGAACGCGUGCGGACCGUUUUCGGUGGAUACAACAUCUUUAUUUUAUUUGUAUGUGGUGCUGAGGAUCGAACCCAGCACUGCGCACAUGCCAGGCGAGCGCGUUACCGCUUGAGCCACAUCCCCAGGCAAAAAGCUGCCACCAGACUGGUGAUUCUAUCUGGAUCUCUCUGCCCUUACGGUAUCAGUUUACAACCUCCAACUUGGUCCUUUUCCACCAUUAUCAGCCUCUCCUGGGCUUGGAGGACUCUGUGGACCAAGUCAAGAGCCUUAGCUGAAGUGGCUGGGCAUGACCUCGUCUCUCUAAGGUCCCCCAUAGAUCUUGGUCAUGGAACCAACUGCAGCACCGCCCUGGAGGUACAGGUCAAAGAGCCCCCUGAAAUCAAUUUAGUUCUGUACCCUCAGGGCUUAACUGGUGAAGAAGUUUAUGUGAAAGUGGAUUUGAGAGUUAAAUGCCCACCAACCUACCCAGAUGUAGUUCCUGAAAUAGAGUUAAAGAAUGCCAAAGGUUUGUCAAAUGAAAGUGUUAAUUUGUUAAAAUCCCGCCUAGAGGAACUGGCCAGAAAACAUUGUGGGGAGGUGAUGAUAUUUGAACUGGCUUACCACGUGCAGUCCUUUCUCAGUGAGCAUAACAAGCCCCCUCCCAAGUCUUUCCAUGAAGAAAUGCUGGAAAGGAGGGCUCAGGAGGAGCAGCAGAGGCUGUUGGAGGCCAAGCGGAAAGAGGAGCAAGAGAAGCGUGAAAUCCUUCAUGAGAUUCAGAGAAGGAAAGAAGAGAUAAAAGAAGAGAAAAAAAGGAAGGAAAUGGCUAAGCAGGAACGUUUGGAAAUUGCUAGUUUGUCAAACCAAGACCAUACCUCUAAGAAAGACCCCGGAGGACACAGAACAGCUGCCUUGCUACAUGGAGGCUCUCCUGAUUUUGUAGGAAAUGGUAAACACCGUACAAACUCUUCAGGAAGAUCUAGGCGAGAACGUCAGUAUUCUUUAUGUAGUAGUGAAGAUUCUCCUGGCUCUUGUGAAAUCCUAUACUUCUGCGUGGGUAGUCCUGAUCAGCUCAUGGUGCACAAAGGGAAAUGUAUUGGCAGUGAUGAACAACUUGGAAAAUUAGUUUACAAUGCAUUGGAAACAGCCACUGGCAGCUUUGUCCUGUUGUAUGAGUGGGUCCUUCAAUGGCAGAAAAAAAUUGGUCCUUUCCUUACCAGUCAAGAAAGAGAGAAAAUUGAUAAGUGCAAAAAGCAGCUUCAAGGGGCAGAAACAGAGUUCAACUCACUGGUGAAACUGAGUCAUCCAAAUGUGGUACGAUACUUUGCCAUGAAUUUCAAAGAGCAAGACAACUCCAUCACCGUGGACAUUUUAGUGGAGCACAUCAAUGGGGUCUCUCUCGCUACACACCUGAGUCACUUAGGCCCCAUCCCUGUGCAUCAGCUUCGCAAGUAUGCAGCUCAGCUCUUGUCAGGCCUUGAUUAUCUUCACAGCAAUUCUGUGGUGCACAAGGUCUUGAGUGCAUCGACUGUCUUGGUAGAUGCAGAGGGUACUGUCAAGAUUACAGAUUACAGCAUUUCUAAACGCCUAGCAGACAUUUGCAAGGAGGAUGUGUUUGAGCAAACCCGAGUGCGUUUUAGUGACAAUGCCCUGCCUUAUAAAACAGGGAAGAAGGGGGAUGUUUGGCAUCUUGGCCUUUUGCUACUCUCCCUCAGCCAAGGACAGGAAUGUGGAGAGUACCCCGUGACCAUCCCCAGUGACUUACCAGCCGACUUUCAAGAUUUCCUCAAGAAGUGUGUUUGCUUGGAUGACAAGGAAAGAUGGAGCCCUCAGCAGCUGUUGAAACAUGGCUUUAUAAACCCUCAGCCAAAAAUGCCUUUAGUGGAACAAAGUCCCGAAGGAAGGCAAGAUGAGGGAAAGUAUACAAGGGCCACUCAAGCAAGAGAUUCUGGAGGACAAGAUUAUGUUGAGACUGUUAUACCUAGCAGCCAGCUUCCCAGUGCUGCAUUCUUCAGUGAGACACAGAGACAGUUUUCCCGGUAUUUCAUUGAGUUUGAAGAAUUACAGCUUCUCGGCAAAGGAGCUUUUGGAGCAGUCAUCAAGGUCCAAAACAAGCUGGAUGGCUGCUGCUACGCUGUGAAGCGCAUCCCCAUCAACCCAGCCAGUAGGCACUUCCGCAGGAUCAAGGGCGAGGUGACACUGCUGUCGCGCUUGCACCAUGAGAACAUCGUGCGCUACUACAAUGCCUGGAUUGAGCGGCAUGAGCGACCAGCGGGCCCAGGGACACCACCUCCAGACUCAAGACCCCUGGCCCAGGAUGGACAAGCUGCACAUGGGCAGCCAGAAAGUGACACCAACAAGCUGGACAGCUUGGAGGCUGCCGCGCCACCUCCCAUCCUCACCAGCUCAGUGGAGUGGAGCACAUCAGCUGAGCGCUCAUCCAACGCCCGCUUCCCUGUAGCUGGCCCAGGCUCCAGCAGUGAUGAGGAUGAUGAUGAGGAUGAACAUGAUGGUGUCUUCUCACAGUCCUUCCUACCUGCAUCAGAUUCUGAAAGUGAUAUCAUCUUUGACCAUGAAGAUGAGAACAGUAAAAGUCAGAAUCAGGAUGAGGACUACAAUGAAAUUAACAGUUGCCAUGAAAGUGAGCCAUCGGUGACAACUGAAGCUGUGCACUAUCUGUAUAUACAGAUGGAGUACUGUGAAAAGAGUACUUUACGUGACACCAUUGACCAGGGGUUGUAUCGAGACACCAUCAGAUUGUGGAGACUUUUUCGAGAGAUUCUGGAUGGAUUGGCUUAUAUCCAUGAGAAAGGAAUGAUACACCGGGAUUUGAAGCCUGUCAACAUAUUUUUGGAUUCUGAUGACCAUGUAAAAAUAGGUGAUUUUGGCUUGGCAACAGAUCAUCUAGCCUUUGCUGCUGAUGGGAAACAAGAUGAUCAAGCAGGAGAUCACUUGAUAAAAUCAGACCCUUCAGGCCAUUUGACUGGGAUGGUUGGCACUGCUUUGUACGUAAGCCCAGAGGUCCAAGGAAGCACCAAGUCUGCAUACAACCAGAAAGUGGAUCUCUUCAGCCUGGGAAUUAUCUUCUUUGAGAUGUCCUAUCACCCCAUGGUGACAGCCUCAGAAAGGAUCUUUGUUCUUAACCAACUUAGAGAUCCCACAUCCCCCAAGUUUCCAGAAGACUUCAGUGAUGGAGAGCAUACAAAGCAGAAAUCUGUCAUCUCCUGGUUGUUAAACCAUGACCCAGCAAAACGUCCCACAGCCACAGAACUGCUGAAGAGUGAGCUGCUUCCCCCACCCCAGAUGGAGGAAUCUGAGCUGCAUGAAGUACUGCAUCACACGCUGGCCAACGUGGAUGGGAAAGCCUACCGCACCAUGAUGGCCCAGAUCUUCUCCCAGCGCAUUUCCCCUGCCAUCGAUUACACCUACGAUAGUGACAUACUGAAGGGCAACUUCUCAAUCCGUACAGCCAAGAUACAACAACAUGUGUGUGAAACCAUCAUCCGCAUCUUUAAAAGGCAUGGAGCUGUCCAGUUGUGUACCCCACUACUGCUUCCCCGAAAUAAACAAAUAUAUGAGCACAAUGAAGCAGCUGUGUUCAUGGACCACAGUGGGAUGCUGGUGAUGCUUCCUUUCGACCUGCGGGUCCCUUUUGCAAGAUAUGUGGCAAGAAAUAAUAUAUUGAAUUUAAAACGAUACUGCAUAGAACGUGUAUUUAGACCCCGCAAGUUAGAUCGAUUUCAUCCCAAAGAACUUCUAGAAUGUGCAUUUGACAUCGUCACUUCUACUACCAACAGCUCUCUGCCCACUGCUGAAACCAUCUAUACUAUCUACGAGAUUAUCCAAGAGUUUCCAGCACUUCAGGAAAGAAAUUACAGUAUUUACUUGAACCAUACAAUGUUAUUGAAAGCAAUACUCUUACACUGUGGGAUCCCAGAAGAUAAACUCAGUCAAGUCUAUGUUAUUCUAUAUGAUGCUGUGACAGAGAAGCUAACAAGAAGAGAAGUGGAAGCUAAAUUUUGUAAUCUGUCUUUGUCAUCUAAUAGCCUCUGCCGACUCUACAAGUUUAUCGAGCAGAAGGGGGAACUGCAAGACUUAACACCAACAAUAAAUUCACUAAUAAAACAGAAAACAGGUGUUGCCCAGUUGGUGAAGUAUGGCUUAAAAGACCUAGAGGAGGUUGUUGGACUGUUGAAGAAACUUGGCAUAAAAUUACAGGUCUUGAUCAACUUGGGCUUGGUUUAUAAGGUACAACAGCACAAUGGAAUCAUCUUCCAGUUUGUGGCAUUUAUCAGACGGAGGCAGAGAGCCGUACCUGAAAUCCUUGCAGCCGGUGGCAGAUAUGAUCUGCUGAUUCCCCAGUUUAGAGGUCCACAGGCUCUGGGGCCAGUUCCCACUGCGGUUGGUAUCAGUAUUGCAAUAGACAAGAUAUUUGCUGCUGUCCUCAAUAUGGAAGAACCUGUUACAAUAAGCUCCUGUGACCUCCUGGUUGUAAGUGUCGGCCAGAUGUCCAUGUCCAGGGCUAUCAAUUUAACCCAGAAACUCUGGUCAGCAGGAAUCAUGGCAGAAAUCCUGUACGACUGGUCACAGUCCCAAGAGGAAUUACAAGAGUACUGCAGACAUCAUGAAAUCACCUAUGUGGCCCUUGUCUCGGAUAAAGAAGGAAGCCAUGUCAAGGUUAAGUCUUUUGAAAAGGAAAGGCAAACAGAGAAGCGUGUGCUGGAGUUCGAUCUUGUGGACCAUGUUGUGCAGAAACUGAGAACUAAAGUCAAUGAUGAAAAGAAUAUCAGAGAAGCUUCCGAUAAUCUUGCAGUGCAAAAUCUGAAGGGGUCUAAUGCUUCAGGCUUAUUCGAAAUCCAUGGAGCAACAGUUGUUCCCAUUGUGAGUGUGAUAGCCCCUGAGAAGCUGUCAGCCAGCACAAGGAGGCGGUAUGAAACUCAGGUACAAACCCGACUUCAAACUACUCUUGCCAAUUUACAUCAGAAAAGCAGUGAAAUUGAAAUAUUGGCUGUGGAUCUACCCAAAGAAACAAUCUUACAGUUUUUAUCAUUAGAGUGGGAUGCUGAUGAACAGGCAUUUAACACAACUGUAAAGCAGCUGCUGUCACGCCUGCCAAAGCAAAGGUACCUCAAAUUAGUCUGUGACGAAAUUUAUAACAUCAAAGUUGAAAAAAAGGUAUCUGUGCUGUUUCUAUAUAGCUACAGAGAUGACUACUAUAGAAUCUUAUUUUAACCCUGAAGAACUCAUUACCUUGUUCAGACAGGGGCUUAUACUGGAAUAAUGGAAUGUUGUACAUUCACUGUCAUUUUAAAUUAACUUUAAAUUCUAAGAAAAUGCCCUACUGAGCUUUGUCAGUUUUUCAUGUGUAAUAUAUUAUAAAUUUAUCUUUUUGGGUAAAAUAAAUGCUUUGUCAUAUGUGUA